AUGGUCGCUGUCAAGAACAUUUGUUGUGUGGGUGCUGGCUAUGUCGGUGGUCCCACUUGUGCUGUCAUUGCCUACAAGUGUCAUCAUAUCAAGGUUACUAUCGUCGACUUGAACCAAGCUCGUAUCGAUGCCUGGAACUCUGACAAGCUUCCUAUCUACGAACCUGGAUUGGAGGACGUUGUCUUUGACCGUCGUGGUAAGAACUUGUUCUUCACCACUGAUGUCGAUGCUGCCAUCCAAGAGGCCGAUUUGAUCUUUGUCUCUGUCAACACACCUACCAAGAAGGCUGGUUUGGGUGCCGGUAUGGCUGCUGAUCUUGCUUACAUUGAAGGCGCUACUCGUCGCAUUGCCGAAGUUGCUACCAGCUCCAAGAUUGUUGUUGAGAAAUCCACUGUCCCUUGUCGCACUGCCGAAAGCAUGCGUACCAUCCUUGAAGCCAACUCUACUGGCGAGAUCCACUUUGAUAUUCUGUCUAACCCUGAAUUCUUGGCAGAAGGCACUGCCAUCAAGGAUCUCCUCAACCCCGACCGUGUAUUGAUUGGUGCUCUCCAAACACCUGAAGGUAUUGCUGCUCAAACUGCUUUAGCUGAGGUCUACACCAACUGGGUCCCUGAGGACCGUGUUAUCACUACUAACCUCUGGUCUUCCGAACUCUCCAAAUUGGCUGCUAAUGCCAUGCUUGCUCAACGUAUCUCAUCUAUCAAUGCCCUCUCUGCUAUCUGUGAGGCCACUGGUGCUGAUGUCGAUGAGGUUGCUUAUGCUUGUGGUCGCGAUACCCGUUUAGGUUCCAAGUUCUUGAAGGCCUCCGUUGGUUUCGGUGGUUCUUGUUUCCAAAAGGAUAUCCUCAACUUGGUCUAUCUCUCUACACAACUCAACUUGCCCGAAGUCGCUGAAUACUGGAAGCAAGUCUAUACCUUGAACGAAUAUCAAAAGAAGCGUUUUGUCAAGAAGAUCAUCUCUACUCUCUUCAACACCAUCACCAACAAGCGUAUUGCCGUUCUCGGUUUUGCUUUCAAGAAGGACACUGGUGAUACCCGUGAGUCUGCUGCCAUCACUUUGAUCAAGGACUUUAUUCAAGAACAAGCCCAUGUUGCCAUCUACGAUCCCAAGGUCGAACACGAACAAAUCUACAUGGACCUCACUGAACCCACUGUUGCCGAUAGCCGCAAGCAAGUUGAAAAGAGCAUUACCAUCUGCUCAAGUGCCUACGAGGCCGCCAAGGAUGCUGAUGCUGUUGUCAUUGUCACCGAAUGGGACGAAUUCAAGUCAGAUGCUCUUGAUUAUCAAAAGAUCUACGACAACAUGCACAAGCCCGCUUUCUUGUUUGACGGUCGUUUGUUGUUGGAUGCUGCUGAACUUCGCAAGAUUGGUUUCAAGGUUCACAUCAUUGGUAAGAAUGAGCUUGCUGGUACCGCUUAA